UCCAAGGUCACGUUAUUGUGUCUAAGCAAAGAAAUAUUUAUAGCUGUUUGGUCUAAGUUAUAUUUCGAAUGGGCGAUACAUACCUUGUGAAAAUAAUCUACCUUUAUUGCAUUUUUCACAUUUCCAAGGGUGAAAGUAAUGUGUAGUCCAGGACUCGAACCCGGGAGCACUCGCUUGCAGGGAUUGUGAUGUACCGACUGAGCUAACCGGCUGCUUGACACAUAUUUCUCCUCAACGUGACUAAUCCAUACCGUGACAUACACUCCCAAACUUGGAAAUUUGUCCUCAAAUUCCGGAGGGUAACAGACAAACCCCACCAGAGUAAAAUGGCUUAUUGUCUUGACAAAGCAAAUGCUGGUCAGCCAGAAUGCAGAUCAGAAGACUAUGAAGAUAACGUCAAAGUCGAGAAAUUUUUUCUCCCAAGAGUAAUCCAUUCUAAACGUAAACGUAGACAGAAAUUGCAUGCAAGAUCUGAAAACACAAAGGAAAUGGUUACAAAAGGCUCAAAAUCAGAUUCUAUAAAACCGGAAGUCGUAAAAUCAGCUUCUGUGGAACCAAAAGUUGUAAAUUCAGCAUCUAUGAAACCAGAAGUUGUAAAUCCAGUUUCCACGAAACCAGAAGUUUUAAAUCCAUGUCCUAAAAAACGAGCGAUCGUAAAAACAGAUACGUUGAAGUCGUUGGCAAUUAACCAGUUAUCUAGAAAAGUAGAAGUCGUCAAACCAAUUCGUAAAAACGUAAUGAAUAAACCUAAGAAAGCAAAACCAAAUCAAUGUUCAAAAACCCAUGGGGUAAAGAUGGUAGAUUACAAUCCCGAAAUAUCGAGAGGACCUUUCGAAUUUAACAGGAGCUUAUCGAAGAAACUGAUUCCAUCUUCUGCUGAUGUAGCCAAAGGCAAAAGAUCGAAACAAACAGUCAAUUUACAGGAAAGUUUUGAUCCUGAGGGCGGUAUGAUUAUAGAGAGUAAUGGUAAACCGGAAGUCAUUAGGUCAGACUGUACCAAAUCGGGACUGGAAAUUUCAAGAAGUCCUUUUGAGAAAAGAAAUCUUAUUUCUAGAAAAGGGACUCAGUUCAAACGACCAUCAAAUCUACAGAAGAAAAAGAAAGAGAAUUCACGAAGACAUGCCUACAAAAUUCGGCGUAGAAUCAUUGUAUGUAAAAUGAGGCCUACAAAUAUAAGAUUCACAAACACGCGGUUUACAACUAAAUUCGCCGGAAUCAACAAAACGGUCCACGAUACGUUACAUGAGUUACAAACUGGUUUAAUAUCGGUCGAAGAUAUUCCAAAGCUUACUGUGUUCCGUUCAAGGGGUAAAAACUACACGUUUAACAAUAGACGGUUAUUUGUUUUCGAACAACUGGCCAGUUAUUACAGGAAACACUUUAAUAUAGAUCUAAUUAUUCCGGUUUUAUUUCGCGAGACUUUAAAUAGAGUGAAGGUUUCAAGAACAUUUGGAUGUGCUCCUGGAAAUAUUUCCCAGAUAAAUAUCAAAGAAAAGAGCAAGAACGUCGGAAGUAUAAAGAAAAAGUUUUACGUUCGUUCCACAAAAGGGCGCAAACAAAUGUGUGUUCCGAGUGGUCAUUCCAGAAUGAAAAAAGCCGAAAUUCAAAGAUGCAGAAAUGGUGACGAUGAUUUUGUAUUAUCUUCAGUGGCUAAAAGUGAAUUGAAAGAUUUGAGUGAUGAUUCUGAAGAUGAUAAUCAUCCUAUUAGAUCAAGAAGGGGCCGAAGUGCAAAACGCUUCCCAAAGCUCGGUGAAUGCAUUAAGAACUUUGAUGACCUGGAUCAGUACGGUAGGCAGAACAAUUUAAUAUUUUAUAAUGUCCCCGUCACUCUUAGUACAGGAAACAUGGAGAACCCAAACCAACCAGCUUCUGAUAAAAACAGUCCUGAUAAAUUCAGGUCUGAUAAGCAUAUCCAAACAGACGACAUUGUCCUUGAAAUUUGCAAAAAUAUGGAGAUCACUCCAACAGUAACUUUAGACAAUAUUGAGAGAUCGUAUAUAAUCGGUAAGAUUAAAGAAAAUAAAUGUCAAAUCAAAGUUAAAUUCAGUUCCUACCGAACCAAGGCUCUUGUAUACAGUAGUAAAGAGAAACUCAAACACUGUAAAACGGAGGAUUUCAACGUUGUUAUACAUGAAGAUUUAACUAGAAAACGUCAGCGUAUUGUGCAAGAACUUUGCAAGCUUCGCAAAGACAAGAAAAUACAUUCUUUUCGGACACAAGAUGGAAAAAUUUACUACAAAGAGUCUAAGCAAGGAAAACCGAAGUCUCUUACAGUGUUCGAGGAAAUUGAAAACUUUAUUUCUGGCACGGAUCCAAAUGCCCUGUUCGCAGAACCCCAGGUUUAAUGUCAUGGGGGAAUUAAACAAGUAGCAAACUGGCAAGUGUAAGUAUAUCUUGCCACACGACACAUAUAACAUAGUGUUACUACAACUCUGUGUGUGUGUGUAGGCAAUGCACAUGUUUAGCAAAGAUUGACUGACACUGUGAAGUUAUGUAUGUAUCAGAAAAGUGUAGUAGAUGUUAUUGUUAAGAUUUUUGCAAUGGAUAGCAAUUAUAAUAGUACAAAAUCAAUAAAGCAUGCAAAAGUAAUUAAUAUGUAAAUCUUACCUUUUGAUUGAAAAUAUUUUCAAAUUGCAUUUCCUUGGUAAAAUACCCAAUGAAUUUACUAUUCUGUAUUAUAUUAUAUAAGUAAAAAAAAACUAUAAAUCAAUUUAUCUUUCAAUCCACUAAUUGAUACUAUUGAAUAAUUUCAUAAAUAAACUUUCCUAGCAUAAUCUACUGUUUUGGAAUGCCAUCGUGAUGAAGUUUAAUUACUUUUAUUUGUGCAUGUACAUAUUAUAAGUGCAUUCUCUUUUCCUUCCAUGUUCUAGUAUAUAGUUGUUUCAUUUAUAUUUUUGUAUCUAAAAUAAAACAAAUCACUGUACUAUAAUAUCCAAAUACACUAUGAAAUAACUGUUAACAAAUUACUGGCUAAAAUAUAUUCAUCAAUGAUAUGUGUGUAGUAUUGUAUAAACCAAUGUGAUGAAAGAAGUAAAUUUCGUCACUAUGGAAUUCCAUUUCAUAAAACUGCACUAAUCAUGCAGAUCGUGAAUGGUUGAUAUAUGUGGCCAGUUUCUAUAACUUGUUUCUGUGUCAUAAUCAUAUUAUAUACUGCUAUGAGUAUUUCAUUUUCCCUGAGGCAACUUUUGUUACUUAACCUAAAUUUGAGACAUCCUAAAUAUUCUAUAUAUUGCUAUGAAAUGUUCUGCCACAAUACUGAUAAACGGGGUGUGACUAUUGUUUUUUAAGUCUGGAUUGUUCUUGUUUAUGCACUUUACUUUAAACAACAUCUCCUCCUAAACCAUCAGGCCAAUUUUGAUGAAACUUCACAAGGAUGUUUCUUGGAUGGUCUUCUUUAAAAAUUAUUCAAAAAAUUCGAUUCAAUUUAGAACUCUGGUUGCCAUGGCAACCGAAAGGAAAUUUUUUUAAAUUUUCUUGUCCAAAACCACAGGCCAUAGAGCUUUUAUAUUUGGUAUGUAGCAUCAUCUAGUGGUCCUUUACCAAGGUUGUUCAAAUUAUAUCCCUAGGGUCAAAUAU